AUGGCGAGCUGGUGCCGGGCCCGCGCCCCUUCCCAGGCCGCGGAGACGCGCCCGGCGGCCCCGCCCAGCCUGGCGCAGACCUGGGCCGUCUCCGCAGCGCAGGGACCGGCCCGGCCAGUGCUCCGGGCUCUGCCCCGCGAUGGCCGCUACGACGCGGGUGUCCGGUGCCGCGGGAGCCGGGACGGGGGGCCCCGGGGCGUGGACGGCGUGCGAGGCGCCGGGCCCGGGGGUCGCCCGACGGGAAGUGAGCCCGAAAGUGGAGGCCGGUCCCGGGAGGCUGGGCAGGUGAAGCCUGAGCGUUCACGGCCACGGCCGGUCCACCCCGCCCUGCCCUCGGGCCGGCUGCCGCCCCCUCCCGGCCGCGCCCGGCAUUGCCCUCCGGCCAGGCCCUGCCCUGGGAGCACCUGGGAGCACCUGGGUGUGGAGCCCCGCCUGCCGGGGGAGCGGGCCCUGGGCGGGUGCCUGCGGGCUCACGGGGAAGACCGGAGGGGGGCGGCAGGGGCGGGACCUGUGCUCGGUGAUCGAGGAGUUUGGACCCCAUUCCAGGGACUGGGAAGGAGUCUGACGCGCGAGGCCUGCAGGGAGGGGUGGGGGGAGCGCUGGUCUGGGGGCGGAGGGCCAGGUGUCCAGCCAGAGGCCAGGAGGGGAAGGGGGUCGGCUGUUUUUCCUCCUUUGCCCCCAGACCUCAGGGCAGCAUCAGGGACCCCAAGCCCCACCCUCCACUCCCACGGCUUCCGGCUUUCCCUGCCAGGACCCAGCCUUCCUCCAGUUCUCCAGACGUGGCCUCGCCUCCGGACGGAUUCCUGUAGGAAACGGGGGACUCCUGACCCAGACGAGAAACAGCAAUGGAGAACGGCCUUGGCAGCAGUGGGCCGAGCCCGCGAACCCGGCACCAGCUCAGGGGGAGCCAGCAGGUCACGGCUGCGCAGAAAGUCUACCAGGGGUGGGCAAACAUUUUGACCCGAGGGCCACAAUGGGUUCUUAAACUGGACCGGAGGCCGGAACAAAACCAUGGAUGGAGUGUUUGUGUGAACUAAUAUAAAUUCAAA